UUUGUCCUCGGUCGGUGCCAAGCCAGCGACACUCAUGGCGGCUGCACCCGUCAGGCAGCGCUCCGGGCCAGGGGGACCCCGGGCGCAGCUCCCGCCCUGCUACUACGAAGGAUACCUGGAAAAGCGAGGACCGAAAGAAAAGGCAUCCAGGCGUCUGUGGACCUGUCUGUGUGGGAAUUCUUUGUAUUUCUUCAAUAAUGCCAAGGACAGUCAUUAUGUGGAGAAGCUGGACCUCAGUGGCUUUGUGUCCCUGAAGGAUGACUGCAGCCGGGACAGAAACCUGGAGGCAGCCAGACUCAUCCUGCGCAUGAAGGAUGGAGAGACCAAACUCACAGCACCUAACUUGGAAUCAAGGGAGCUUUGGAAAGGUUUCCUCUACUCCGUUGUAGAUCUGAAUGUACCGUCCUGUCUCACGUUGCUGCCGGGCCAGCUGCAGAUGCUGAAGGAAGUGGUGGACAAAGAGAGGUCCAGACGGAGAACCCGCACCCCCACGCGUGCUCCUCCCUCGCCCCUCUCUGUGCCUUUAGUAGGAGAGAUCCCACCGUGUUUUCGACCGGUGUCUCGAACCGAGGCUGAAGUCCUUUUAGAGAGACACCCGGACUGUGGCAACAUGUUGCUCCGGCCGGGCAGAGAUGGGUGCUCGUUGGCUGUCACUACUCGGCAGGACCUCAACGGGUCAGUGUUCAGACAUUACCGUGUGACUCAGAGGGACCAAGGUGGUUAUGUCAUUGAUGUAGAAAAUCCUAUUCCCUGUGCUACGCUGCAUGAGGUCAUCGACGCUCUGGUAGAGAAGACAGCAGGAACUCUGCAGCCCUUCCUACUGGAGGAGCCUUACGAAGAGAAUAUCACAUAUGUUUCCGCCAAUGAUGAGAAUGGAGAAAGGAUCCUGCACACUGCCCCCUCCAGCCCCCUGCCAAAGGCUCCUGCCCUGCCUCCAAAACAAGAUCGUUGGCCCAGCAGCCCCCUGUCCAGGUCUCCCGCCCCCGACCGCCGUAUCCUGACCUCACCAGCGCCGGCCUCGCCCACCAACCCGAUGAGACGGCUCAUCCUCUCCCCUUCGCCUCUCGCACAGACACUUAAUGAGGAACUCAAAAUGAAGCUGGAGAAGAGACGAGCCAGUCAGGAGUGACGUUUUCAUAAGGAACGACCUCCCGUCACAGCAUACUCAAUAUCUUCAGUGCCAAACCCCCUUCUCACCGCAGCUAUGUAUUCAUCCUGUGCCUUCUAGGUGGCAGACAACGGAGUACGAAUACCGCCACUUUCUCGUAGGGAGAUACAAAAUGUUGGACUUUGAUGGUUAAAUUGACUCUGGUUAGCUCCUUAAGAGCAUGUAUGGCUGGUAAACACUGGAUUCGGUUCAUAAAACCUCGUAAAAGGCUGCCUGCCUUUUGGUUAGGGUAACAAUCCACUAGUGCUUUGUCCACUUGCAUAAAGCUGUUUACAAAGUGCCACUGAGCAAAAAACAAUAGUGCCACAACAAAUACAUUUUCCCUCAGAAUACAGUCCACACUGAAUCAAUAUGACUGGCAGCUAUCGGAGAAGCACUGACGCGUUCAGGACCACCAACUGAGCCUGAUGUUUUCUCGUCUGAGCCCUCGUCUGAGCCGCCGAUGUUACCGCCGCAACUCUCGGAAGGACAAAUAAACCACAGACUGCCAAGAUCAACAGCGGAGCGACAAACUCUGACCUGAGACACUUUAUGUGCUCUGAAAGUAUAAUAAGCCAGGCAUGCUCGGGUUUCAGCUCAGCAGUUCUCUUCACUCAACUCACCACAUGUAACAUGACUGAAAAAAAAAAAAGAAAGAAAAAAAUCGUCUGAAUACAAAAAUCGUCUGAAUACAGUUGAGCUGGCUAGGCACUGAAAAUUGGACAAUCUCUGCCUGCUGCUCACGAGUGCUAUUUGUGAUUGAUAAAGCAACCAUUCACGUAUUGCUGAUUCAAUGACACCUUUGUGGCUCAUUUAUGACUCCACUUUUAACCGUACUGUUGGUGCUUAUUUUAAAGUGUUUCCUUAUUCUCUGCUACUGUGUGCGUGCUACUGUAUGGUGCUACGACUCACCGGUGCUCAGACAGACCUGCAAGAAAACUGCAGGUGGUUCUAUUCCUCUGCAAGAAAAUCAAUCUACUGCAUUCAUAUGUGAGAGUGCCCUCUGUCAGCUAAAAGGUACAGAAUUGGGUAUGGUAAUUUGGGUAUUAUUAACAAAAGUACAAAUAUACUUUUAUGUUGCAGACUGAACCUGGCAAAGACGUUUGGCUUUAUCACAGUAUUACACCACGCCCUACCUCUCUACCUUUUAAUUAUAGUUUAUUAGGCUACAGGUCUGAAGGUGCUUAAUUAAGAUGUAUUUCUACAUUGACGUGUAUUAUGUCGAUUGGCCAACGGAUUUGAAGCGUCUGAGUACUAGUAGUAAACUGUGAUCGACUGACUCGUAAGUGUCCUCUUACAAUGAACAGUUUCUUGUAUGUUUGUACAUGAUGUGUCGCGUCUACUUGAUCGCUAUCAAAGAAUAGUGUUUGUUAGAUAUCAAGGACAUUAAAUGGUUUUGCAUGGA